AUGCAGUUGGCCCUUUACCUCGUAGUGGGAAUUCUCUGGGGAUGCACAAAUGCAUUCAUGAAAGGAGGAUGCACAAGAGGCGAAGAAGAAAAACAUAGAGGUCUCUUUCGCGGCACAAUUGGUAUGCUGAACAGUCGGUAUGUCGUAGUCCCAUAUUUAUUUAACCAAGCAGGGUCUGCACUUUAUUAUUACCUCUUACGGAAGGGCGACAUAUCUUUGAGAUCCAAAAUUUUAAUCGCCCUGGGGAAUGAAAUAAAAAGGGGAGUUGCGUCCCAUCAGUGCAAAGGGGACGUCCCCAGAAUGUACGUGAAUUACUUGCGCCAAAGGUACAACAUGGACGAGUGGCUCCACGUCAGUAACGUUAACUCGUUCAUUUGCGAAAAGGACAACAUCGUGUUAAUCAAACCAGUAACUUCCUUGGAAAAGAACAGUGGAUUGGUAAUAAAAAAUAUCUUAACUUAUUUAAAUUGUGAAGAUUUAAAAAAUGUGUGCAUAAUUUUACCUGACUUGUACAGGUCAAUUGGCAAAUUUAAAUACAAAAACUACACCAAAAUUUAUGAAAAAUUGGGCCCAGAUUUUUACAACCUCUUGAAUUCAAACAUAAUUAACAACGUCUUAAAUAACAACUUUCUGCAGCUAUGCAUUGGUGUGAGUAAUUAUCCAAAUGAAAUAAAAAAUGCCGUUGCGACAACAUUGAAGGAAUGCUUGAGCGAUGGGGAGCUGAAAAAAUUUUUUAAAACUUUUCAGCUAGCUGACGAAUAUUUUAAUAAAAAAAUUAUCAACAGCAAGGUGAUAACAACCAAUUAUAUUCACCUUAAGGAGAAGUAUCCCGCCAUGGAGGCUCAGAAGAACUUCAGGAGGAGCACGGCCAGUCGCAGGUACAUCCUGGAUGUCUAUCGCCACAUGUACAAGUAG